AUGGUCAAGGCUAUCAUUGCUCCAUCGGUCCUGGCGAGCGACUUUGGAUCCCUGACGGCGGAAUGUAAAAAAGUGAUCAAAGACGGCGCGGAAUGGCUUCAUAUGGAUGUUAUGGAUGGACACUUUGUACCGAAUAUUACGAUCGGUGCGCCGGUACUAGCAAGUGUGGCGAAGACGGUUGAGGGCGCCUACAUGGACUGUCACAUGAUGGUUGCCGAUCCGAUGAGAUGGAUUGACGAUGUGGCCGGGGCCGGGGGAGCCUCAUAUACGUUCCAUCUGGAGGCAUGCUUCCAGAAGCCGGACUCGGCCGAUCACGACCCGCUGGCGAUCAUCGAUCGGAUCCAUGCCAGCGGAAUGCGUGCCGGAGUCGCCAUCUCUCCCGACACCCCCUCGGAGAAAAUCACGGACUCGAUCGCCGCGAAGGCCGACCUCCUCCUCGUCAUGACCGUCCAUCCCGGAAGAGGCGGCCAGAAAUUCAUCGACGCCUGUGUCGUCAAAGUCGCCGAGCUCAGAGCACGCUUUCCUCAAAAGGAUAUCCAAGUGGAUGGUGGCGUCGGGCCGAAAACUGUCAAGCCCUGUGCCGAAGCCGGAUCUAAUGUUGUCGUGGCGGGUACGGCGGUCUUCGGUGCUCCCCAACCAGGAGUGGUGAUCCAGGAACUCAAGCAUGCGAUCGAGACUGAGCUCAGGAAGGCAGGAACUUUGACCUAA